GAUAUAUCAAGCAAGAAUGUUAUUAUGGAUUUGGAGUAUGUGGCUCAUGUCUCAGAUUUUGGAACAGCCAAGCUUCUUAAUCCUAAUUCAACCAAUUGGACCUCAUUUGUUGGCACUUUUGGAUAUGCUGCUCCAGAACUUGCAUACACAAUGGAAGUGAACCAAAAAUGCGAUGUGUAUAGCUUUGGGGUAUUAGCAUUGGAAAUACUUCUUGGAGAGCACCCUGGAGAUUUUAUAACUUCGUUGUUGACAUGUUCAUCAAAUGCCAUGGCGUCAACACUUGAUAUUCCUUCAUUGAUGGGUAAGUUAGACCAACGCCUCCCUUAUCCUACAAAUCAAAUGGCUAAGGAGAUAGCUUUGAUUGCAAAGACAACAAUUGCUUGCUUGACUGAAAGCCCUCAUUCUCGUCCCACCAUGGAGCAAGUUGCCAAGGAGCUUGGAAUGUCAAAGUCAUCUUCAGUGCAUUAAUUCCACAAUGUAUAU